GCAGAUUCACAGUCCCAUUCCCUUGGAAUAGUUGCUGCCAGCCAGCGAGGGAGCUGGCAUCUUGGGAGGAGCUGGAGCCUGGGAGUGUCAGUAUGGAAAGACUGACAACUAGGGGACCACCUGGCCAUCCUCACCAGGUGGAGGCCUCUGCUUGCUGGAGGCUUACUGUGAAGGUCCUGGAGGCCAGGAACCUGGGCUGGGCUGACCUGUUGAGUGAGGCAGACCCCUACGUGACCCUACAGCUGCCCACUGCACCUGGGACAAAGUUUAAAACCAAAACAAUCACCAACUCCAGUCAUCCUGUAUGGAAUGAGACCUUCAGUUUCCUGAUCCAGAGUCGGGUCAAGAAUAUUCUGGAGCUAAACGUCUAUGAUGAGGACCCAGUCACGGAGGAUGAUGCCUGCUUCAAGAUUCUCUAUGACGUCUCAGAAGUCCUCCCUGGCCAGCUGCUCCAGAAGACCUUCUCCCUGCGUCCCCAGGGACAGGAGGAGCUGGACGUGGAGUUCCUGAUGGAAAAAACGUCAGAACGCCCAGAAAACCUCAUCACCAACAACGUCCUUGUGGCCCGAGAGCUGUCAUGCCUGGAUGUCCAUCUGGUCAGCAUUGGGAGCACAGCCACGGUCACAGAUCAGGAUGAGCUGGAGUUGGUGCUGAAGGGCUCAUAUGAAGACACACAGACCUCUGCACUAGGCACAGCAUCCUUCCGCUUCCAUUACAUGGCAGCCCAAGAGGCAGAACUGAGUGGGCAUCUGAAGAGGUUGGAAACGAACGCCUGGACUUCAGACAAGUCAGCUGAGCACCUCACUGUGCCUCUAAGGUCCUUGGCCAUGGGAAAGGAGGUGACCAUUAACGUUCCUGCUACAAACGCCCCAGAAGUGAGGCUGCAGCUCAAGACUGAGGGCUGCCCUAAGGAGCUGGCUAUGCACCUGGGCUUUGAUCUGUGUGCAGAGGAGAAAGCUUUCCUGAGCAGGAGGAAGCAGGUGGUGGCCAAGGCUCUCAAGCAGGUCUUGCAGCUGGACAGAGACCUACAGGAGGAUGAGGUCCCUGUUGUGGGCAUAAUGGCCACAGGAGGAGGUGCCCGGGCCAUGACGUCUCUCUAUGGCCACCUGUUGGCCCUACAGAAGCUGGGCCUCCUGGACUGUGUGACCUACUUCAGUGGCAUCUCAGGCUCUACAUGGACAAUGGCCCACCUCUACGGGGACCCGGAGUGGUCACAGGGGGACCUCGAAGGGCCCAUCAAAUGUGCUAGAGAGCACCUGGCCAAGAGCAAACUGGAGGCCUUCUCCCCAGAGCGCCUAGCAAGCUACUGCCGGGAGCUGGAGCUGCGGGCUAAGCAGGGCCACCCCAAGACCUUUGUGGACCUGUGGGCUCUCGUGCUGGAGUCCAUGCUGCAUGGCCAGGUGAUGGAUCAGAAGCUGUCGGAACAGAGAGCUGCACUGGAGCGGGGCCAGAACCCUCUGCCCCUCUACUUGAGCCUCAACGUCAAAGAGAACCAUCUGGAGACCCUGGACUUCAAGGAGUGGGUAGAGUUUUCACCCUAUGAGGUGGGGUUCCUGAAGUAUGGAGCCUUUGUCCCUUCUGAUCUCUUUGGCUCUGAGUUCUUCAUGGGGCGGCUGAUGAGGAAGCUCCCUGAGUCCCGGAUCUGCUUUCUGGAAGGUAUCUGGAGCAACGUUUUGUCCCUGAACUUGCUGGAUGCCUGGUAUGACCUCAUCAGCUCUGAUGACACCUGGAAGCAGCAUGUCAAGGACAAAAUUAAGAACCUGGAGGAGUCUCCUGCCUCCGUGAGGACCUCCUCACGGCUGGAGGCCUCCUGGCUGCAACCCGGAACAAUGCUGGCCAAGGCAUUUAAGGGCUUCCUGACAGGCAGGCCGCUCCACCAGCAUAGUCUCAACUUCCUUCGGGGCCUCCAGCUGCACCAGGACUACUAUAGCCAGAGAGACUUCUCCACCUGGGCAGACUGUGAGCUAGACUCCACCCCUGGUCAGCUUACGCCUCAGGAGCCACAGCUCUGCCUGGUAGAUGGCGGCUACUUCCUCAACACCAGCUGUCCCUCCAUGUUCCGGCCAGGCCGCAGACUGGACCUCAUACUCUCCUUCGACUACUCCCUAUCCUCACCCUUUAAGACGCUGCAGCAGACUGAGCUGUACUGCCAGGCCCGGGGACUGCCAUUCCCUCGAGUGGACCCCAACCCUCAGGACCAACACCAGCCAACAGAGUGCCACCUCUUCUCGGACCCCACUCACCCUGAUACCCCUGUCCUGCUGCACUUCCCACUGGUCAAUGCCUCCUUCAAGGACCACUCAGCCCCUGGUGUCCUACGCAGCCCCACAGAGCUCCCAGCUGGCCAGGUGGAUCUCACUGGGACCGCCUCACCCUAUUCCCUAUUCAACAUGACCUACAAGGAGGAAGAUUUUGAUCGCCUGCUGCAGCUUAGUGACUACAAUGUUCGGAACAGCCAGGAUGCCAUUCUGCAGGCCUUGAGGAUGGCCGUGAAACACCGGGCCCUGGGGGCCAGGCCUCCAACAGCACAGAAUUGAGGCUGCUCAGGGACCUGGCACCCUGAAGACCCUCCAGGGGCUGAGGGCUUAACCCGAGCACAGCUGGCUACAGCCACAGCCCUCCAGCCCUCACUGGGCUGGAGUUCUGGGCUGUCCCAGGCCUGGGCUUCCUCGGCAGCCAGUCUCACGACCCAAAGUCUCCCUCACUUUCAUCGCUGGCUUGAGAGGAGCUGAAAGUGAGUUCCUCACCAGACCAGAGUGUAGAAUAGCAGUCCGACCGGACAAAAGUGCACAUGUGAUUACUUUCAUGCUGAGCAGAACAGAUUUGGGGUACAGGCUUGAGGCUUGAGACUAGGAGUGGGGACAAGCAGGGCAAGGGAUGGCCUGACUGAGAGGUGGCUCCGGGCAUCAGGAAUCACAGUAUGUCCUGAGAGUCCCCUCUUCGUCCCCUCCUCCUUUUUCUCAUCCUCCUUUUAUACUCUUUGUAAGCAACUUUAGUGAGGUAUAAUCCACAUACCACAUAAUUCAUCCAUCUAUAGCGUAUGACUCUGUGGUUUUUCCUUGUGUGGCUUCCACCGUCAUCAUUUUGAGAAGAUUUUCACUUCCCCGGAAGGAAGACCCUCAUCCCUUAGUUGUCAACGUCAACCCUCCCUCCCCAGCCCUAGGCAACCACUAAUCUACUUUCUGUCUCUACAGAUUUGCUUAUUCUAUUUCAUAUAAAUGGAAUCCUAU